AUGUUUUCGUUUUGGCUAACUAUAAAAAUUCCGCUUUUUGGAUCACCUAAUUUUCGUUCAGGGGUUUUGUUCUUGUGGUUUUCCUAGAGAGGCCUUAGUUAACCCCCCCCCCCUUUUUUAGUCUUGUAGGGGGGUUUUUCUCAGCAGUUUAUAGAGUUCUUACGCUCAUACCACAUGGUAUCCGAGUAUUUUGGGAUGCACUUGGAUCCUUGUUUUGUGGACCACUUGGUCUUUUUUAUUACGCAAGGGCCACUUUGGCCCUUAGUGGUAAUAUUUUUCUGUGUUUUUCUUGGGACCACUUGGACCCAACCUUACCUUGUUUCACUACGUGUUGUAUUUUUCUGAUAUAUUUUUUCUUUGGUCAUUUUUGUCAUUUUAUUUUCUCUAUUUUUUGCUUCAGAUGUUAAAGCAGCUGCCAGUCGGAUGUUUGGCGUUUUACUUUGUGAGGAGUUUUGGCUCUCUGCCUUUAAUUCUUGAGCUGAUUACACAGUUAUUAAUUAUUGUAAAUCAUUUUGUAAGUUUAAAGCGUGGUGCUUGCAGAGCACUGGGGAGGUUUCUUUUCUCCCAGCUACUUCCUUCACAGUUUCCUUGUAUUUGUAUCAUUUAUUAGAAAAUUCGUUAGGUAGUUCCAUCAUUUACGGCGUUUUUUACGCUAUUAACUGGGUACAUAAGUUAUCAGGUUUUGAGAAUCCCAACCUGUGUGACAACUUUCUCGUCAGGUCUAUUGUUGAGGCUUCCAGUCGUGCUCCUCGUAAUCCUGUCAGGAAGGCGGAGCCCAUUACCCCAGAGAUCCUUGGCUUAAUUUUGCAGCAUUAUGGGGAAAGUAGUAACUUACUUGAUAUCUGGUUUGUCUGUAUGUGUUUACUCGCAUAUGCUGGCUUUUUCCGCAUUUCCGAGCUUUUAAGCAUUAGGAGAUCUAAUAUUGUAACUGAAGAUCUCUAUCAUAAGAUUUUUAUAGAAGUUAGCAAGACUGAUAGGUACAGAGAGGUUUCCUGGGUUUAUUUUGCCAAGACUGGCAAUUUUACUUGCCCUUAUACAUACCUUAUUAAGUACUUGGAAGCUGCCAGGAUUCCUUCUUUUUCUCAGAAUUUCAUUUUCAGAUCCCUACGGUACGACAAGGAUUUGAAGGGCAAUGUCUUGUCUUCAAAGCCCCUCACUGCUAGGUCCGAAGGAGCUACUUCCGCUGCUAAUCUGAAUGUUCCAGAUCGGCUUUUCAAAGUUCACGGAAGGUGGAAGUCAGAUUCAGCUAAAGACGGCUACGUCCACGAUAAAGUCGACUCGCGUCUUUAUGUUCCUUUGCACAUUGGAAUUUAA